CAAAAAUAAACAAAUUUUUGAUGAAAAAGUUCUCUGCAGAUCACUUCUAACCGUAUUUUAGGACAGUCCAUGUGAUUCUUCCCCACUUGAUUGUUGUUCCUGUUCGUUUAAUUCGUUUGAUCAAAUUAUCAUUUUUAACUUUUAUAUAUGUAUAGUUCUUUUGUAUCAGACGGUCAUGUGCUCAGUCGUAACAGAAGGUUGCACAUUUCACGCAGUCACGUGAACAGACCAAUCAUCAUUUGAAUAAACCUUCAUAGAAGAAUCAUUAGGUUAGUAAGGUACGUCGAUUUGUUCCUGUUCAAGCGACACGCUUUCUGCGCGGUGGUUACACACUUUAAUCUCUGCUUUUAUUUUUAACAUUCGAUGCGUAUUAUCAUAUAUAAGUAAUAUAAGUGAGUUUCUCGACACAUAACGAUAGUAGUGUGUAUAUAUGUGCUAUAUACUUCAGAGUUAGAGAGUAUUUAAUCAUAUUCCUGAGAGGAGCAUGCUGGGAGCUUUUCAUUGGUCGGCUCCUUAACCCUUACCAUGGUUCUGAUCCUUACUGGACAAAACGUGGUCACGUGACUGAAGGCUCCAGGAAGUUUUCGAAGCGCCUAAUUAAUAUUCAUGAGCACGCCUCCGCCAUAGUAGGUUAGUCGCAGAGCAGCGUGAUUCAUCUCCAUGGCUGCUCUUUUAACUGGAAAAUGCGGCGGUAUCUUCGAGUGUUGCUCGUCUGUACGCUGCUAGUCUUCUGCUCGCUGCUCUACACGUUUAAUCAGCUGGUGUCGUCGCUGGAGAGCGCGAGUCAUCAGGCGCGAGCGCAGCGGACACGCGCAGCGGAGCCAGGCCUGAGCGAACGCGCGCACGAUGACAGGUGUAACUCAGGCUCCGUCACUCAUUGGAAGCCGUAUUGGAGAUUCCCGGCUGCCGUGUGCCGAGUCGACUGCGUUACGGACAUGUCUCUUAGGUCUCGCUCGGAGCCGGUCGGACUGGCGGUGGUGGCCUGCGGAUCCAGGCUGGAGGAAACGCUCACCAUGCUGAAAUCCGCCGUCCUCUUCAGCCGCAGAGAUUUGCACUUUCAUAUCUUCGCAGAAGACGACCUGCACACCGGCUUCAGACAGGCGCUGGAGUCGUGGCCGCAGAGGUUUCGCUCCAGGUUCAACUACAGCGUUUACCCCAUCACCUUCCCCAGCGACAACGCCAGAGAGUGGAAGAGGCUCUUCAAACCCUGUGCUUCACAGAGACUCUUCCUUCCUCUGAUUUUGAAGCAGGUGGACUCUGUGCUGUACGUGGACACGGAUAUCCUGUUCCUGCGGCCAGUGGAGGACGUCUGGAGCUUCCUGUCGGCGUUUAACCGCAGUCACGUGGCGGCGAUGGCACCCGAGCACGAGGAGCCGCGGAUCGGCUGGUACAACCGCUUCGCACGACACCCGUACUAUGGCAAGACCGGCGUGAACUCAGGAGUCAUGCUGAUGAACAUGACACGCAUCAGAGCCAAACUCUUCAAGAACGACAUGACGGCUGUGAAUCUGAAGUGGGCCGAUCUGCUGAUGCCUCUGCUGCACAAAUACAAGCUCAACAUCACCUGGGGAGACCAAGACCUGCUCAACAUCAUAUUCCACCAUAACCCAGAGAGUCUGUUUGUGUUCCCGUGCCAGUGGAAUUACCGCCCGGAUCACUGUAUUUACGGAAGCAACUGCGCCGCCGCCGAACAGCACGGCAUUUACAUUCUCCACGGCAACCGAGGGGUUUACCAUGACGACAAGCAGCCGGCGUUCAGAGCCGUUUAUGACGUCAUUCAGCAGUUUCCGUUUGAGGAAGAUCCAGUCGGUGGUUUGCUCGUCCCGCUGGAGGAGAAGCUGGAGAGCGCCGAACACACGUACUGCGGCCGGGUCCGACACGUCUUCACCAAACGGCUGCGUCAGACCGUCACAGAUCUUCAGAGAGAGACCGACAGAACACGACAUGUGCUGGAGGUUUGAGUACUGUACAACUGUGACAAUGGACCAGUGUUUCCACAGCCAAUGACAUCUCAGAUAUCAUCCAGACGAUCAGCUGCUGACAAUCAGUGUUCGCAAACACACGUAUCCUUACUGUGUGCCUAAAAUACUGAAAAAUUAAACCAACUCUCAUGUUCUUCCUCAGUGUUUCUGUCUUUUCCAGUACAAAUAUCUGCCAGUGGAGUCAGAAAAACCAACUAAAUUCAAAGAGAAUACAAGAUUGUUUUUCUAACCCCAUUCAUUGGCAGAUGAUGUUUUAAGCACAAACUUAAUAUGUGUGUUGAUUUGAUCAUCUUUGUACUGGAAAACAGGACAGAAACACUGAGGAAGAACGUCAUGAAGUGUCUGGUUAGGACAGAUAUAUAUUUUAAUAAGAGCAACAUGACUGACUGAGUUCAUAUAUCGGCUCUUCUCUAUGAGACUCUUGGGAUAUAAAGUGAUUCCAGACCAGCACUCAAUUAUAAGUUAUACUUAUUAUUAUUUGACUUUUCCAUAACCUUCAUGCACAAGACGCCCACGAUCAUCUUUAUUUCUAGUUCUCCAUGAAAUUCAGUGAUAUUCAGAAUACUAAACAAGCUAUUAUGAAUGUGAAAAUCAAUUCAGGUUCAUCAGAUUUACACAAAAUCAUCUGUGCUUUUAUACAAAAACUUGAUAUAUUUGAUCUUUAUAAUGCAUGUCUGAAAAUAUAAAUGUGGGAUUUUAUGAUUGUUUUGUGAUGCUCAAUACCAUUUGAAAAUGAUUUUAUAUUUUAGUUAUAGUUAUUUUUUGUCUUUGGGUGAAAACAAUGGGUCAUAUCCACCCACAAACAAAUAAAUAAAAAAUGUUAUCAUCCCAACCCUCUUUAAUAUUACAAUAAAAAUACUGAAAUAUAUCAUCAUUUAAAUCAUUCAGGGUAUAUUAAGUAGAUGUGCUCUGAUGUGUUAAUGAGAAUUUUACUGAUUAAUUUAAAUGUAGAAAUUUGAAGUUGAAGAUAUAUUUGUAAAUGUCUAUCAUUAAAAUCUAAGAGUGUCUGUAUUGCCAAAUGUGUCUGCAAUGCCGACAUCUGAAUCAAACAGUAUAUUUUUGUAAUAAAAGUAAUUUGUCUCUGAA